GACCGUUUUUAGUGGAAUUCGCGCAAGAGGAAAAGCUGCUUUUCUUUGGGGUGGUGAAAACUUUCGUUUUUAGAAAAGAUAGAUCAAAUAUAAAAGUUGCCAGCUAUGCAACGGAAAAUGCUGGACACUGUGAUUUUGUGAAACAUCUCGAAUUCGUCAAAGAACAAGGAAAUUCCUCAAGAUACCAAUCAAUUGAAACGCUGUGCAAACAGGAUCACCAUCCCACACACCGCAAACCACAAGCACAGCUGAGUAGUGCCAUCACUGCUCCCGACCGCAUACACCGACCCUUACAUACACACCAGACAUACGCGGAGCUGAGGACACCAAGGAUCAGGCGCACGGGGACUCGAUUCUAGAGGCGGGAGCACCAACGGGCAACGGGCGACCAUGUUUACGGGAAAGCUGCAGAUCAAGGUGUGCGAGGCGAGUGGCCUGCGGCCCACAGAUUUCCAGAAGCGCCACAACCUUACCUUUGGCAAACUAGCCGACGAGCAGCUCAUAGAUCCCUACGUGACCAUAGAUGUCGAUGAUAAUCAUUUUGAUCGUGCCACGACCCGGCCAAAGACCUUCGAUCCUGUUUGGAAUGAGCAGUUCGUCCACGAUGUGAACAAUGCCAAGAACAUCAACUUGACCGUUUUCCACGAUGCCGCUCUGCCGCCAGAUGACUUUGUUGCCAAUUGCAUCAUCUCGUUCGAGGAUCUCAUGCAGAGCGAGACGGCUGUGCAAGAUCUAUGGGUUAAUUUGGAGCCUCAGGGCAAGAUUCAUGUUAUAAUCGAGCUGAAAAAUCGUAAUGAUCAAGCCAAAGCUGAGGCCGAGGUGGAGCACACCGUGGCCGUUAAUAAGGAGUUCAAAGAGCGCGCUGGCUUCAAUCGCCGCCGCGGUGCCAUGCGACGUCGAGUGCACCAGGUAAAUGGUCACAAGUUCAUGGCAACGUUUUUGCGUCAACCCACCUUCUGUUCGCAUUGCCGCGAGUUUAUCUGGGGAAUUGGUAAACAAGGCUAUCAAUGUCAAGUCUGCACGUUAGUUGUACAUAAGAAAUGCCAUAUGUCCGUGGUGUCCAAGUGUCCGGGCAUGCGAGAUGAGCAAGCCAAAGUGGAGGUGGUGCCGGCGGGCCAAAGGUUCAAUGUGAACAUGCCGCACCGCUUCGUGGUGCACAGCUACAAGCGGUUCACAUUCUGCGACCAUUGCGGGUCCCUCCUUUAUGGGCUGAUAAAGCAGGGCCUGCAGUGCGAGACCUGCGGCAUGAACGUGCACAAGCGCUGCCAGAAGAACGUGGCCAACACCUGUGGCAUCAACACGAAGCAGAUGGCCGAGAUCCUCAGUUCGCUGGGCAUUUCGCCGGACAAGCAGCAGCCGCGACGCUCCAAGUAUCUUAACCAGCAGGGCGGCGAGGACAAUUACGGCGCAUCCCUGGGACCCGAUGGGGAGGCAGGUCCGGGCCAGUCCUUCCGCAGUGGCACGCUCUCGGCGGACAGUUUGGCCACCUCCACCGCGACCCUGACCAGUGGCUACAACAGCAGCAGUUGCAUGAGCCUGGCGGUAGGCGGUGGAGUGGCCGGCGGCGGUGGGGGCGGCGCCACCGGGGAGACCCGGCCGGGCAAGUGCUCCCUGCUGGACUUUAACUUUAUCAAAGUGCUGGGCAAGGGCUCCUUCGGCAAGGUGAUGCUGGCCGAGAAGAAGGGCACCGACGAGAUCUACGCCAUUAAGGUGCUGAAGAAGGACGCCAUCAUCCAGGACGACGACGUCGACUGCACCAUGACGGAGAAGCGCAUACUGGCGCUGGCCGCCAAUCAUCCCUUCCUGACUGCGUUACAUUCCUGUUUCCAGACCCCGGACCGGCUCUUCUUUGUGAUGGAGUACGUCAACGGUGGCGAUCUGAUGUUCCAGAUCCAGAAGGCGCGUCGCUUCGAGGCCGCUCGGGCAGCCUUCUAUGCGGCGGAGGUGACACUCGCGUUGCAGUUCCUCCACGCCCACGGCGUCAUCUAUCGCGACCUGAAGCUGGAUAACAUAUUGCUGGACCAGGAGGGUCAUUGCAAGCUGGCCGACUUCGGUAUGUGCAAGGAGGGCAUCAUGAACGGCAUGUUGACCACUACCUUCUGCGGCACGCCCGACUACAUUGCCCCUGAGAUCCUUAAGGAGCAGGACUACGGCGCAUCUGUCGACUGGUGGGCGCUGGGUGUGCUCAUGUACGAGAUGAUGGCCGGACAGCCGCCGUUCGAGGCAGACAAUGAAGACGAGCUUUUCGACUCGAUCAUGCACGAUGACGUCCUGUACCCCGUUUGGCUAUCUCGCGAAGCCGUUUCCAUCCUAAAGGGUUUUCUAACCAAGAAUCCGGAACAGCGUCUGGGCUGUACGGGAGAUGAAAACGAAAUACGCAAACAUCCAUUUUUCAACAAGCUCGACUGGAAGGAGCUUGAGAAGCGCAAUAUAAAGCCGCCAUUCCGACCGAAAAUGAAAAAUCCGCGUGAUGCCAACAAUUUUGAUGCGGAGUUUACCAAGGAGGAUCCGGUGCUGACACCGAUUGGCAACGAGGUCAUACGCUGCAUCAAUCAGGACGAAUUCGCCGGCUUCUCUUUUGUCAAUCCCAAGUUUGGACCGGAGAGAAAAGUCUACUAAGAGGCCCAUCGAUCGCAGUUCAUGUUCACCCGUCACUUUGAUUGGUCGCGAUCCGGUCUGAGCCACUAUUAGUGGAUCCUCCGAUGGUGGAUCCUAUCCAGAUCAGACCGAUUGGAUCUGUCAUUCAGCGUGUGGCGCAUGCGUGUACCCUAGCACAAGCUGAAUAAUAUUUUAGUUUAUCUCCUCCACCUCUUCCCGGUGAACGCUUAUUUGUUGUCUGUUUCCAGCGGAUCGGUUCAGAUCGGAUCAGAUCACUCAUCCCACAUCCACAACUACCAGUGCCAAUUGUCGUGGGCAGUGCGAAACUGCUGAAAUUGCUAGGCUUCAUAACAUGAAUAUUGCAAACGCAUCUGGACACGAAUUGUUAAGCCCUUGUUAACCAAACUUUCCCCCCGAAAUCCUUAACCUUCUUAAGCUUCAAGCCUUUUUCCCAUAUAAAUUUAUUUAUGUUGUUUGCCAGCCAAAAAAGCAAAAAAAAAAAAAAAGAAAAAGAAAUUAAGUAGCCCCACCCCCAUCUAGUCAAUGCCCAGUGGCUGAGUGCAUUUUGUUAUUAGUUAUUUAUUGAUUGUUUGACGUUGACGUGUCGAAUCUCAUGUUUCGCACUCACAGACCGACAGCAUCUAUGUAUUUUUCUGGAGGCGAGGCACUUGCUCCAAAGCGAAUCUCAAGGGAAUUUCUAACACAAUAGCCGCAAUGUGCCGUCUGUACCAUACACACAAUAUACACACAAUACAAUAUAAAUACAUCCACUAUGUAUUUGGAUGCACAAAUUUAUUAUUUUUAUUUUGUUUUAUGUAUUUAAAAUUUGCACAACUUCCUUCUCAAGUAUUAAAGCGAUAUUAUUUUUAAAUUACCUUAUUGUUACGCAUAAAAAUAUUUAUAAAAAAAAAAUGAAAAUUAAAAGAAAAGAAAAGAACAAUUUCAAGCCAAACACCUAAUACAAAUUGCCUACAAUUUACCAACAAAGAGAAUGUAACGCUAAAUUAAUCAUAGAAAAAAAGCUAAAAUGAAGAGAAUGUCUAAAGAGAAUCAUAUUAAUUUUAUGCUAAACAAAUUAUGAAUACAAACAAAUGUGUUUAGUCUGUAAGCCGAUGGAGAGGAGGUCAAAGAAAUUAUAUAUAUAUACACCUAUAUGAACCAUAUAAAUUGUGAAACUAAAGGCAUAUAUAAUACACACCCACGCCCACACCCAAGAACAAAAACACAAAUCCAACAAAUGAAACACUUAGCGUAAUGAGGGAAAGCAGUGGAAAGUUAUAAGAAAUUAUGUGGCAUAGGAUGACUAGGAGAUAAAACAAUAUUAAUGUUUAUGUGUUGAUUUUAAAGCCAAAGACUCAAAGCAAAAUUCUAUAUAUGUAUGAACUAACUAACCGAAGGCAAAUUUUAGCAUAACGCAUCGAAAUUUGAUCAGUAUCCUUUUAUUGUUAUUACUAUGAUUAUUAUUUAUUCAAUAACUUAUUUGUGUGGCUUACUGAUUUGUUUCUGUUACAACUGAUUUCAUCCAACCACAGAAGAAGGAAUCAUUAUAUGAAUAAUAAAUAAAUAACUAGAAUGAAGAAGAGCAAGGACGGAUAACAGAAAAUUUAUUAACUAUAAGCAGCGUUGUUAACUAAAUAAAAAAAAGAAACAAAAUCAAGGCAAAGGCAGGCAUAAACACACAGAUUUGUAUGUAUUAAUAAAGCCCUGUGUCUAAUAA